AUGCGACAAUUAAAGACGGACGCAACGUUGACACGAACGAGAUUGAAACUACUAAUUGGAGACGGUGUACUUGAUUCAGCUUUUAGUAUCACAAAGUGUCGGGCAAACGGAGUGACGACGUUGCUAAUGAAUAGUGCCAAUGAAAGUAUGUACUUGAUGCCCUCGUCGUUUGAUGGUAGUACGGAUCUUGUGACGAUGAGAGAAGAGAUUUCAGCUCAUCAGCAACAGAACAUUCAAUCCUACGUUUACGUGUUCCUGGGUGUCGUGGUCUUGCUGACUGGAAGAUUCAUGCUGUUUUACUGUAUCAGUCAGCGUCGACUGCAGCAAUUAGAGCAGUACGACAACAUUCAUAAUAAUAUGCAAAGGCAUUUACUUGAGGAUAGCGCCUUGCAUGAUGGACAAGUGGAAUGGCAAUGCUCAGUUUGCUACCACGAGAAUCAUCCAGCCAAGAGAGAGUGUCUCAUGUGCGGCACCUCGGAAGUUAUCUCUCAAGGAGGGAUGAUGUUGACAGCACCGAGUACGACAAAGUUGUUGCAGCUAUCAACAAGCGAGUCGGCCGAGUCACAGGCAACGCUGGUUGCGCGGAACCGCUCCUUUCAUGUUAGACGUCUCAAUGAGAUGAAUCUCAAUCAACGACAGCGAGGUGCACGACGGCGUCACCUAUGGCAACGCGAGAUGGAUGCCGAUGGUCUGUACCGCUGGGUCCGUGUUGACCACUGCCAGCCAUCUCGUAUCACUAAACUUGUUUCGAACAUUCGCGCCAGUUUGCCAUUAGCUGCGGCAUCCCUUCUACCACAUGGAACUGGAAUGGAGAACAAGGGUUUGUCGGCGCCAGACGACACAUACAGCCUUGAUUCAGACGGUUCAAUAAGCUCGUUUUUAGUUACCAGAAUGAGCCACAGCAAUAAUGAAGACGAGGGCAUGGAAUCGGAGCUGAGUAUGAUCAAGUCGGCAGGUGUCGACAAAACGUAUUCUCCUCCUAUCCGAAAAAACGUCCGUGGAUGUCAUAGUCCAGCCAACUGUGACGGUCUCUCCGCAUCAGCGGUAAGCACCGACGAUGGACUGAUAGCGCAGCUGUCUAUCGGCUAUAUAAGACAUGUGAAUGAGCAAGGGCAAGCUGAAUGGGUACCCGCAGACUCACUCGUGCACGAGCGCGCGGUGGUGACCAAAAUUGACAUCAAGAAAUAUCCCCGAGCCUCCAACUACAUCGACUUCGAAUCUGUUGCUGCUUUGCCGUUCAAAACAAAAGUGAGAUGGUUCCAUAAAGAGCUGGAUAAGAUGACUGUACCUCGAAUAGACGGACAUUUGCUCUUGAAAGUCCGUCGAGAAGCAAUUAUGAGCGACUCCAUGCACCUACUUAUGUUGGUUCCUGCAGCAGACCUCCGGCAGCGCUUGCAAAUCGAAUUCACUGAUGAACCGGGAUUAGAUGCGGGUGGCCUGCUUCGCGAAUGGGUUCUACUUCUGUGCGAACAGCUCUUUGACGACAGUUAUGGCCUGUUCCAACGAACACACGCCGACCUGUCCGGCUACUGGAUAAACCCGAAGUCGCGAGAGAUUCAUCGCGAUCACUUUCAUUGCUUUCAGUUUGUUGGACGCCUGCUUGCAAAAUCACCUCCAAUUUCAUUUUCCGAUCUUGAAUACCUGGAUGCCGAGUUUCACCGCCAUACGCUUUGGCUGCGCGAUAACGAAGGCUCUGAAGCCCUAGAGCUAGACUUCACCGCGCAGUGGCGGGCAGCUGAUGGCACUGUCGUCAUCGAGGAGCUCAAACCAAGUGGGAAAGAUAUCCUAGUCACGGACGCCAACAAAGAAGAGUAUCUGAGACUGUUGCUGAAGCAUAAGAUGUUCGGUGGCCUCGAAGCGCUUCUCCAGGGACUCUACGACGUUCUCCCUCGUACACUUUUGGUCGUUUUUGAUUACCAGGAACUCGAGCUGCUUCUGUGUGGCGUGCCAUCGAUCGAUGUCGCCGACUGGGAAUCUCACACUGACAUCCACUACUUGCGCGCUGGACAAGGUUUCAACAAGCCAACCAGUCCAGAGUGUCAUGCCGUGCAGUGGUUUUGGGACGCUGUUCGUGCGUUCUCUCAGGAAAAGCGUGCACGAUUGCUCCAGUUCGUCACAGGUACGUCUCGCGUCCCAGCUGAAGGUUUCCGAGCUUUGCUCAGCAAUGGCGGUCGCAUCCGUCGCUUCGGUCUUCAAAUGGUGUCUAUCAAUGCGUCACCAAUUGGCCUCUACCCAAAAGCUCACACUUGUUUCAACCGCCUGGACUUACCCGUCUACCGGUCGUACGAAGAGCUCGUGACGUACCUCACCCUCGUUAUCAACAUGGAAAUCACCGGAUUCACCAUGCAAUAG